GUGAUUGAAUUGAACCAGGAACCCGAUAGCAUGGUCAUUCAAAAAUCUCUUCAAACGCAGCUACGUGACCGCAUCAACCGAACAACCGCAGCAGAUGGAGGAUCCGACAUAAAUUUCGUAGCAAAAUCGCUGGCCAUGUCUGAGGGCAUGAUCACCAACCAUUUGUUGGUGCUCUCAGCAGCCAAAAAUCCGAAGCCGCUGUCCGAUAUGAACGUUAUGUUGAAAUGUUCGAACAUUUUACGAUCGCCAAUUUAUGACCUGCCACUCUGCGUGCCGGAGUUGUUGAUGACCGUUUUGGGUCCGUCUUGCAGCCAGGAAUUUCUGAACAUUGUUCAUGAAUACGCCCGCCCCGUUAUCCGAGGCGUUCGUCAGCCAGUGGCGAUCGAGACUGGCAAAUUUUUAUUCGACGACGAUUUUUGGAACAUGUGCCUUCGUCAACUUGGGGCAUGUGUAUUCAAGCCAGACGUUCCAACCCAACGAGUCGGUACACAUCCAUGGUCCAUUGAGGAAGAAGACAACAUGCGUCUGCACGCGACUGGGUUGGACGAGUAUGUCGAGGAUAACCAGCUUUUCUUGGCAUACGUCAACUCGGGUAAAGCCGCAUGGUGAUUUGAUUUACUUUUCACUAAGAACAUACCAAUCAAUCAUCUAACUUCAGUACGGCAGUAUCGCAGCCAAACUUAUAUUUUUUAAACCUUUUU